AUGAAAUGGUUCAUUACUGCUUUAAAUGGAACAUUCUCAAGUCGUGUACCUAAGGGAGAAUGGGAAAAGAAGCCUUUUAAUCCUAUUUUAGGAGAGCAGUUCUUUUGUAGUUGGAAGGAUGGGACAACUCAAGCUAUUUGCGAACAAGUGAGCCAUCAUCCACCUAUUACGGCCUUUUAUAUUGAGCAUAAACCAUCUGGUGUCUCUAUCACGGGCAAUAGUGCACAAAGAUCUCGCUUCUCUGGUACCCAACUCUUGAUUGAUCAAAUCGGUUUUUGUAUGUUGGAAAUGAAGCAACAUGGUGAAAAGUAUUUAUUUUCUUUACCUCCUGUUUCUGUAAAUGGUCUUUGGUAUGCAGCUCCUUAUCUUGAGUUACAUGGUAAAUCGUAUGUUCAGUCUUCUACAGGAUUUUAUACUACCAUUGAAUAUUCUACAAAGGGUUGGAUUUCUGGAGAAUUUCAUCAUUUUAAAGCCACCAUACAACAUAGAACUUUGCUUAAAGAGGGUCCCACUCUAAUCGAAGGUCAAUGGACAUCAAAGGCAACUAUUAAAAAGCAUAACAGUCCUAAGAAGCAACCAUUCAUUGAACUUGGUAAACUUGAACGCCCUCCUGUCGAAAUAAAGCCUCUAUCUGAACAAUCCUCACUUGAAUCCCGUAAGGUGUGGGAGAAGGUCUCGAAGGCAUUAAAGGAAGGUGAUUAUGUGACAGCCUCUAAUGAAAAAUCUCUUAUUGAAAAUAAGCAAAGAGCACUUCGAAAAUUAAGGGAAGAGAAUGGACAAACAAAUGGCUGGAAACCAGCUUAUUUUGAGGAAACUACCUCAGUUGAAUUAUUUGGAGAAUUAAAAGAUUUUAUUACUAUUAAUAGUAAUAACAAAUUUGUGAAUACAUUUGAUGUAAAAGCAUGGAAAUAUUCCAACUCUCUGUAA